UUUCAAAGGCUUAAAGGCUUCUCUUUCUGGAGCUCAGAGGACCCACGAUCACCAGCUUCUUCAUCUCCCAGGCCCCAGACACCCAACUGCUCAUCUCCAUGGAGCUCUGUCGGUCCUUGGCCUUAUUCACUGGCUGCCUGGGCCUGGUGUCCAUCCUGAUCGCUUUGAGCACGGAUUUCUGGUUCGUGGCCAUGGGGCCUAAAUUUUCAUUUCACUCGGGCCUCUGGCCAGAGGGGCACCCAAAUCUUCUCUCUUGCACAGCCUACAUCCACGUGACACAGAGCUUCAGCAUUCUGGCCGCCCUGUGUGGCCUGGUGUCGGUGAUCCUCAUGGUCCUGUCCUACAUCCCCUCAGUGUCCAUUCCAGGCCGCGGGCCCCUUGCCUCCUCUGUCACAGCCUUUGUUGCAGCCAUCUUCGUGAUGGUGGCCAUGGUCGUCUACACCAGUGAGCGGUGGAACCAGCCCCAACACCCCCAGAUCCAGUCCUUCUUCUCCUGGUCUUUCUACCUGGGCUGGGUUUCGAUGAUUCUCUUGCUCUGUGCAGGUAGCCUGAGUCUGGGUGCUCACUGCAGUGCCCCCCGGCCUGGCUAUGACACCUUGUGAGCGAGAGAGGCG